CGCAUGUGCAGUGUAGGUCCCGCGGCCGGACCGAGACAGUGUGACUGAGUGUGGGAGAGGAAUGGCGCCGGCGGCUGAAGGAACAAGAACAGAAACCGCUGGAAAAGCUGAGCAGGUCCGGCAGCUCGUGUUGAGAGAAAUGUGAGGACGUGUUUCGGGUCCGGGGAUCCUUCUUCAGAACAGGACCAGGUUUCAGAAACAUCCCGGGGAGGUCGCCAGGCCCGAGCGCCAAGACCUGGCUCCUGCCCCCGGGGAGAGGAGACAGUGAGACAGGAGUAUUAGAAGAUCUGAAGAUGGAAAUUUCAAAAUCGACAGAUGAAGGCCUGAUGCCCGAAGCAUUGACGCUUCUGCUCCUUGGAUGCUGCCUGACCUACAGUGCUUUUCCAGCAUCACACUUUUGAACUCUUAACUCUCCAGUAACUGCAAUCCUCACUUUCACAUCAAUGUCUGACAGUGACACUGGGACAUCGGGACAGCAACGAUUUUUGACUGUGAUUCUGUGAGAGGAGCAAAGCAUUUGCUUCCUGCCCAAGUACAUUUUCAGAAUCUGUGGUACUGGAUGAGAGACCCUACGUUGCAGCGCAGUGAGAGUGGAGCCUGAAACAGUUAUACGGCCUGGAAAGACAAAUUCACGGCAGGGUGGGGCUGUACCCACGUUUGUGUGCGGCUGAAGUUUCGGCCAUGGAGAAACCUGAGGAAUCCCGCUCUGUGAAGAAACCGUGGAAGUGUGGCGACUGUGGGAAAGGCUUCUGUGCCCCGUCUGCUCUGGAGACUCAUCGGCGCAGUCACACCGGUGAGAGGCCCUUCAGCUGCCCCGAGUGCAGGAAGGGCUUUACCCAGGCAUCCGCCCUGCUGACCCACCGGCGGAUCCACACGCGGGAGAGGCCUUUCAGCUGCCCUGAGUGUGGGAAGGUCUUCAGCAAUUCCUUUGCCCUGCUGAGGCACCAGCGAAUCCACAAGGGGGAGAGGCCACUCUCCUGCCCCGAGUGCGGGAAGGCCUUCAGUGAUUCCUCCCACCUUCUGACACACCGGCGGGUCCGCACAGGGGAAAGGCCCUUCAGUUGCUCUGAGUGCAAGAAGGCCUUUACCCAGGCCUCUGCCCUGCUGAUCCACCAGCGGCUCCACACAGGGGAGCGGCCCUUCAGCUGCCCAGAGUGCGGUAAAGGCUUCAGCGAUUCCUCCACCCUGCAGACCCACCAGCGGGUCCACACGGGGGAGAGGCCCUUCAGCUGUUGUGAAUGUGGGAAGUGCUUUACCCAGGCCUCUGCCCGGCUGAGACACCAGCGGUCCCACACUGGGGAGAGGCCCUUCAGGUGCCCCGAGUGCGGGAAGGGCUUUGCCCGGGCCUCCAACCUCCAGACCCACCAGCGGAUCCACACGGGGGAGAGGCCCUUUAGUUGUCCCGAGUGCGGGAAGUGCUUUACCCAGGCCAUCACACUUCAGAAACACCAGCAGGUCCACAUGGGGGGGAGGCCCUUCGAUUGCCCCAGGUGCAGUAAGGUGUUCACCUGCUCCUCCCACCUGCAGAGGCACCAGCAAGUUCACGUACCAUCGCAGGGGCAUGGAUUCCUGACUCAGACCCCUCCACUCGAUAUCCACCUCCACAAAGUGGAACCGGGAGACUGGGUUUUGAUAAAAUCCUGGAAACCGAAGAAACUCCAAUCACUCUGGGAGGGACCGUUUCAGGUGUUACUCACCACCGAAGUUGCCAUACGAACAAAAGAAAAAGGGUGGACUCACGCCGCCAGACUAAAAGGCCCGGUGUCGCCGCCCAAAGAGGACUCUUGGUCGUGUGAGGCCGGUGAUGGACUGUUGGUGCUUAAAGUAUCGUCUUCACCUGAACCACAGGGGCACGUGCCUGAGCCAGUUUGCCCACUGUGGGGAAAGGAAGUCUCAGGAGGCAUUCCGCACGCCAUGGAGAAACCGUGGAAGUGUGGGGAUUGCGGGAAAGGAUUCCGCUCCCCCUCCGUGCUGGAGAUCCACUGCCGUGUCCACACUGGGGAGAGGCCGUUCAGCUGCUCCGAGUGCGGGAAGGGCUUCACCCAAUCGUCUAUCCUGCUGACCCACCAGCGUUUCCACACCGGGGAGCGGCCCUUCACCUGCCCCGUCUGCGGCAAGUGCUUCACCCAGUCGUCCACCCUGCUGACCCACCAGCGGGUCCACACCAGGGAGCGGCCCUUCACCUGCUCCAUCUGCGGCAAGGGCUUCACCGACUCCUCCCACCUGCUGACCCACCAGCGGGUCCACACCGGGGAGAGGCCGUUCAGCUGCUCGGUCUGCGGCAAGAGCUUUACCCAGUUGUCCAACCUGCUGCGGCACCAGCGGCUCCACACCGGGGAGCGGCCCUUCACUUGCUGCGUCUGUGGCAAGGGCUUCACCGACUCCUCCCACCUGCUGACCCACCAGCGGGUCCACACCGGGGAGAGUCCAUUCAGCUGCUCGGUCUGCGGCAAGAGCUUUACCCAGUCGUCCAACCUGCUGCAGCACCAGCAGGUCCACACCGGGGAGUGGCCCUUCACCUGCUCUGUCUGCGGCAAGGGCUUCGCCCGCUCGUCCGACCUGCUAACCCACCAGCGGGUCCACACGGGGGAGCGGCCGUUCAGCUGCUCGGUCUGCGGCAAGAGCUUCACCCGCUCGUCCACCCUGCUGCGGCACCAGCGGCUUCACACCGGGGAGCGUCCCUUCACCUGCUCCGUCUGCGGCAAGAGCUUCUCUCACUCGUCCACCCUGCUGCGGCACCAGCGGCUUCACACCGGGGAGCGGCCCUUCACCUGCUCCGUCUGCGGCAAGGGCUUCACCCAGUCGUCCCACCUGUUCUCACACCAGCAGGUCCACACCGGGGAGCGGCCCUUCACCUGCCCCGUCUGCGGGAGGGGCUUCGCUUCCUCUCAGCACCUGCUGCGGCACCAGCGGGGGCACAAGUGACGGGGCCAGCCGCUGUGAGUCACCGCCCAGGGCUGAACCCUGGGUGGGAUGGGGGAGGGUCACUGCAGUUGCUGUGCUCUCAUCCCCUUGGCAUCCAGUGGUUCUGCGAGCCUGCGACUGCGCAUUUCCUCCUGAAGUGGAGAUGUACAACACAGAAACAGACCCUUCGCUCCAACUCCUCCAUAUCCUCAACUAAUCAAGUCCCAUUUGCCAGCAAUUGGCCCUAUCCCUCCAAACCUCUCCUUACACAGAUACCCAAGUGGAUGCCUUUUAAAUGUUGCAAUUGUACCAGCCUCCACCACUUCCUCUGGCAGCUCAUUCCACACGCGCACACACCACCCUCUGUGUGAAAAAUGUUGCCCCUUAGGACCCUUUUUAAAUCUUUCCCCUCUCACCCUAAACCUAUGCCCUCUAGUUCUGGCAAAAGACUUUGUCUAUCCCUAUCCAUGCCCCUCAUGAUUUUAUAAACCUCUCUUAAAGUCAACCCUCAGCCUCCGACGUUCCAGGGAAGACAACCCCAGCCUGUUCAGCCUCUCCCUGUAGCUCAAACCCUCCAACCCUGGCAACAUCCUUGUCAAUCUUUCUGAACCCUUUCAAGUUUUGCAACAUCCUUCCGAUAGACCAGAAGUGCACAUAAUACAGAGGAACUUCGAUUAUCCAGAAUUAGAUGAACCAGCACGGUGGCUCAGUGGUUAGCGCUGCUACCUCACAGUACCAGGGACCCGGGUUUCAUUCCUGCCUCAGGCGACAGACUGUGUGGAGUUUGCACAUUCUCCCCGCGUCUGCGUGGGUUUCCUCCUAGUGCUCCGGUUCCGUCCCACAGUCCAAAGAUGUGCAGGUCAGGGUGAAUUGGCCAUGCUAAAUUGCCCGUCGUGUUAGGUACAUUAGUCAGAGGGAAAUGGGUCUGGGUGGGUUACUCUUCGGAGGGUCAGUGUGGACUGGUUGGGCCUGUUUCCACACUGUAAGGGAUCUAAUCGUCAAGCGACUGAAAUACACCCUGCAUGUGUCCUUUGGAUAAUCGAGGUUCCUGUGUAUUCCAAAAGUGGCCUAACCAACGUCCUGUCCAGACCCCAACCCCUAUACUCAGUGCUCUGACCAAUAAAGUGAUCUGCAGAAUCUGCAGGACUUGCUUAAUCCUGGGAGGUAAAUCACGUGUUUCUCCUUCUCUUGCAGGUGGAUCCAAGAUUUCACUCUCUGACCCAUGUGAGCCUCUACGCACCUCCCCUUCACUUGCUCACACUUGAUUUCCCUUACAGCAGCAUUCCCUUCAGUUCCUUUCUCCCUGACGUCUGUAUCCAGCUUCUCCUUAAAUGCCGUCCACCUCGACCUGCUACUGUGGGGGUCAUUCCCGCUGCAGACAGAGGUCUCUCCUUUGUAACCUCUUCAAAAGAUUUACCGCUGACUUCCCCCUUCAGUCUUUUCCAUUUCUGGGUCUUCCCGCUGUUGCGAAACUUGGAAGGGUUCAGAAAAGAUUGACAAGGAUGUUGCCAGGGUUGGAGGAUCUGAGCUACAGGGAGAGGCUGAACAGGCUGGGGCUGUUUUCCCUGGAGCGUCGGAGGCUGAGGGAUGACCUUAUAGAGGUUUACAAAAUUAUGACCGGCAUGGAUAGGAUAAAUAGGCAAAGUCUUUUCCCUGGGGUUGGGGAAUCCAGAACUAGAGGGCAUAGGUUUAGGAUGAGAGGGGAAGAUAUAAAAGAGACCUACAGGGCAACGUUUUAAUACAGAAGGUGGUGUGUGUAUGGAAUGAGCUGCCAGAGGAUGUGGUGGAGGCUGGUACAAUUGCAACAUUUAAGAGGCAU